AUGCCUUUUCUUUCUCACAGUGCUCCAUGCUCCAAUGAGUCAAUCUUUGCUGCUGAUUUCCACCCGACAGAUGCUAAUAUAAUUGUAACCUGCGGGAAGUCACACCUUUAUUUCUGGUCAUUAGAAAAGGGAUCUCUUGUGAAAAAACAGGGUCUUUUUGAGAAACAAGAGAAGCCCAAGUUUGUAUUGUGUGUGACUUUUUCAGAAAAUGGCGACGCCAUCACUGGAGACUCGAGUGGAAAUAUACUUGUGUGGGGCAAAGGAUCUAAUCGUAUUAGCUUGGCCAUUCAGGGAGCACAUGAGGCAAGCGUCUUUGCACUUUGCAUGUUGAGAAAUGGUACGCUGGUCUCAGGUGGGAAGGACCGGAAACUCAUCUCCUGGGAUGAAAAUUAUCAAAAGAUUCAAACGGUGGAGGUUCCGGAGUUAUAUGGCCCUAUUCGGACUGUGGCUGAAGGACGGGGAGAAACGGUUCUUAUUGGCACUACCAAAAACUAUGUCCUGCAAGGCAGUCUGGAUGGGGAGUUCAUACCCAUCACCCAGGUCUGUUGA